CUGGAACAAGAUGGCAUCUGUGCUCCAGAAUGUCAAGGCAACAAUGGCCUGGCGGAAACACCAGCUCCUAGCUGACUUCGAUGAGAAUGAGAGCCCUGUACCUGACAAAUUCAAGAGAAGGGCUGCUUUGAGUUCGCUCAAUACCAUCCGCAUGUCUCUAAGGAAGCGAGUACCAUUAAAGCAAGUAGACCUGAAUUUUCAUAAGACCCCAACUUGGGAAAGUCUGGAAGCAAGAGAGAAGUGCCAGACUCUUCAGAGGAUUAAAAGAACAGCAAAAAGUGCUUUCGGAACAGUGUCCCAGAAAAUACAGAAGUCUUGCCAAAGCCCAGUACGCUCGAUGGUGACCUUUCCAGCCAAAUCCAUCAGCAGAAGCUGUGCAACCAGUUCUACCAAGCAAAGAAGUACUACACCUCGAACCCCUGGCCGUAAGAAGAGUGUUACUCCAGCAGCCAGUUCCAAAAGCACCUCAAGAUCCAGCAAAAGUGCCUUGCCUGGGCCAACAAGGGUGUCAGAACAUAGAGAAUCGAGGGGUUUUUCAUCCUGGCUUGGUAAAGAUGCUGUUUCUCUCAGGAGAUCAAGAAGAGCAGCAGCACUGAAGAGCCCUUAUUCAUCACCUGCUCCUGCCAGCAGAAAGAUAGAGUUUGACUGCGAGUUGGAGCUGGUCUCCUCAGGGAUUUGCCAACUGAAGCACAUCUCCCAGGCAUUUGAUGAUGCCAUUGUGCAAGAGGAGAGGCAACACGCAAUAUCAAACUACUAUUAUCUAAUGGAACAAAACUUACAGUCCAUGCGUCGAUCUCUGAAACUUUCUCAAGCUAUCAGAAGGCGAGCAAAGAAACUCCAUCGAGCACUUGGUACCUAGGCAGAGAUGGCUGCAACUAUUGUUAGUUUAUGAGCAUAUAUAAAGGGGAGCUCUGUGAAAGGGUGCACUCUAUACCCUGAACAAGCCAUUACAUUUUAUAAUCUUUCUUGACAAAGCAGCUCAGGACUUCGCUUCCCUUGCUUUCUCUCUUCAAGUGAAUAAGAGAAUCAAAAUUGUACCACAUCCUGCUGAGAUGAGGGGCCACCUUGAAGGUGACUUUCAUAAGGCAGUGAGUACUUUGAAACUUAAUGCUGAACUGUCCACUAGGCCAGAGCAAGGGCCACAGACUUACAAAGGGUGAUCAUAGGUAAUAGUAGAAUUUAGACUGGUAUCCAAUUGCCCUGAGUCUUAGUAUGAGAACUUUGAAUACUAAAAGUACUGGGCCAUUAUUCUGAAAGCCUAACAACUUUUUCUGUGUACAAACCAGAAGUGAAGCAUUGUGUUUAAUUGGAGGUUAACAGAACAGUAGUGGCUUUUUUGAGUUCUGCCCACACCUGCCACUCCAAGGCAACGGGUUUCUCUGGAGUCACUCACACAAGAGAGAAGCCACAUUAAGACUCUAAUUCAUGGCCCUAAGGAUUGCUAUUAGAUUAGCCUACCCAAUCCUAUCUUAAGUAGUUGGGUUCCAGACACAUCAGAGCAACUUGAUGUCAUUUCUUGCUGCUGCUUUAAAUAGCAUCUUGGCAGUGGAGUUAAACAUUGCUUUUGUACUACAUUUGUCUUUUAGUUAUACACAGAAAUUGAUUGAUACAAUUAAUAUAACCUCUUACAACUGCUGUUAUUAGCUAAUAUCACAGUGCAGGUGUUUUAUUUGAUAAAGUACACUAAGCAUUUGGCACCUGUAUUUUGUUUCUAAUUACUACUUUU